UAUCAGGACCGAAGCCAUCCAUCACCCUUCGCAUUCACCGUGUCGCGCGUGGGGGAAGGAGAAGACGAGCACACAACCCACCAUCAUCACCAUAUAAAACACCACAGCAAGCCUUCCAGAAUAAAGAAGAAAGUCUUCGCUUUCCACCGCCCCCUUCCCUCUUCCCCCGAUCCGACCCAAACCCAACAUGCCUUCUCAAAUCCGACCACCUCCGUCGCCGCCGCCGCUUCUUCCUCUUCCCAUCCCUCUCCUUUUCCUUGUCCUGCUAUUCUCCAUCGCCGCCGUUAGCUUCGCUUCCGAUUACGCCUGCCAGGAACUCUCAACGAGCUGUGGCAGCGUAACCAACAUCACCUACCCGUUCUGGCUCGCUAAUGAUACGGAUGAGCUUUUCACCCACUGCGGCUACCAAGACUUCAAGGUGAUUUGCCGAGACAACACGCCGAUUCUCAGCCUUGCCACCGAUAACUACACGGUCACCCACAUCGACUACGGCCACCGUAUCAUCUCCCUCGCCGACGACGACAUCGUCAGCAGUGUGGAUGCCUGUCCCAGAGUCCGCCACAACCUCACCGUUCUAACCAAUUCCUCUCUGGCCUACGCUCCCUCCGACGCCAAUCUCACCUUCUUCUUCAACUGCAGCGACGGCCUCACCGAAUACAUGAGUCCCUGCCUUGGAAAGAAAUCUUUUGUUCUCACAGACGAGAUGAUCGAGAACAAUUCCUUCGUUCCUCACAACUGCGAAGCCGUCAUCGUGGCUCCGGUCCUGCAGGAAUAUCUGAAGUCUUAUCAGUAUGAACUCGCGAACGGGUUCAGAGAGGUGUUGCACGAAGGAUUCGAAUUGAACUGGUCGGCGUCCACCAACACUGCCUGCAGCCACUGCGAGCAAUCCGGUGGGUGGUGUGGGUUGAACAAGACCAGUAGUACGACUUCGGUUUUCGCCUGCUUCUGCUCCGACGGAAGAAUAGAAUCGUACAAUUGUUCAGGAAAGAGCAAGAGUAAACUGAAACAUGGAAUUAUAAUAGGUAUUGCAGCAUCAGCUGGUUUCUUCCUCCUACUUUGUUUUGGCUUUAUCCACUACAGGCACAAGAAGAAGCAAGGAAACUCCCCCUCCUCCAAAUCCCUUAUGCAGAACCUCUCUUCCAUGCCAUCUUCUAAAGACCCUGUGAAGGGUGUCGAAGGCUUCCUACUUCGAUAUGGUUCCUUGGUCCCAAAGAGAUACAAGUACUCAGAAAUAAAGAGAAUGACCAAUUCCUUCAGUAACAAACUAGGGCAAGGUGGAUACGGUACCGUGUUCAAGGGGACUCUCAAAGAUGGUCAUCUGGUGGCGGUGAAGGUCCUAAGCGAAACCAAAGGCAACGGAGAAGAAUUCAUCAAUGAGGUUGCCAGCAUCAGUAGAACAUCCCACGUUAACAUUGUGAGUCUUCUAGGGUUUUGCUUAGAGGGACCAAAGAGGGCUUUGGUGUAUGACUUCAUGCCAAAUGGGUCCUUGGAGCAGUUCAUUUAUGCCGAUAAAUCGAAAACUGAGACACAAAACCUAGGGUGGGAGAAAUUAUACGAGAUCGCCGUCGGUGUUGCCCGAGGCUUAGAAUAUUUGCACCGGGGAUGCAACACCCGCAUCGUGCAUUUUGAUAUCAAGCCCCACAACAUCCUACUGGACCAAGAUUUCCAUCCCAAGAUUUCUGAUUUCGGACUUGCCAAGAUAUGCCCUCCCAAAGUGAGCGUCAUUUCAAUGGCGGCUGCAAGGGGGACUUUUGGGUACAUUGCUCCGGAAGUGGUCACUAGGAGCAUCGGAGCUGUAUCCAGCAAGUCUGAUGUUUAUAGCUAUGGCAUGAUGCUGCUUGAGAUGGCUGGAGGAAGGAAGAACUUGGAUGCAGGAGUGGAAAAUACUAGUGAGAUAUAUUUUCCACAUUGGAUCUAUGACAAUCUUAACAAGUACUGUGAGGUGGGCAUUUCUGGGUUGACCAGUGAAACAGGAGAGGUUGCGAGAAAGAUGAUAAUGGUUGGAUUAUGGUGUAUACAGGUAAAUCCUGCCAAUAGACCUUCGAUGAGCAAGGUUUUGGAAAUGUGGGAAGGAAGCACUGGAAAAUUGGAAAUGCCACCAAGGCCUUAACACACUUCUCUUUAAGGCUAUUAGCUGGACAAAAUAAUUGUAUAAGAUGAAUCAGAUUUUGUUUAUUCAUGGUUGCCAUGUAAGUAUCUACAAGACUAAUGCUCAAUUAUGAACACACAUCAUUUCAUUCA